UUAAAUCCGAAUCUUUUCUUCUUCCCUUCGUAUGAGAAAACCCAAACGGUUUUUUCUUCGCUUCGUCUGAAAGCAGAACCCUAGCCUCUCGCCCCUUGCUUCUCCCUCUCCGUUCCUGGAGAUCAGCGAUCGGCGACCAAGGGCGAGCAUAAGUGGACGCAUUCGAUCGCUCACUUCCUCUACUCCGUUUCUCUUCCCAAAUCCAACGGUUGUUGAAAAUCCAAUCGAAGAACAAAUUGCACCGGCUGGAGGGUGAUUGCACCGACCAAGAGUGAGCAUCAACGUUGUGAGAAUCUUCAUCCAUGAGAGAUCCAUGAUCGAAAGCAUACACUUUGCCUCCUAUAGUUGAGAGGUCGGGUUCUGGAUUGGAGAUUUUUUAGGAGGUGUUUGGAAGAAUGGCUGCAACAGCUGAAGUCUGUGAUGCAAACCAACAGCUAAUUGUUAGUGGUGAGCUCCGAGCACUCCAACCAGUUUUCCAAAUAUAUGGCAGGCGUCAAGUAUUUUCUGGUCCAAUAGUAACUCUCAAGGUCUUUGAGGACAAUGUUUUGGUCCGUGAGUUUCUUGAGGAGAAAGGCUAUGGUAGAGUUCUAGUUGUAGAUGGUGGUGGGAGCAUGCGUUGUGCGAUUUUGGGAGGAAACCCUGUCCAACAAGCUCAGAACAAUGGAUGGGCCGGUAUUGUGGUGAAUGGAUGUAUAAGAGAUGUUGAUGAGAUAAAUGGAUGUGAUAUUGGAGUGAGAGCACUGGGUUCACAUCCUAUGAAAGCCAAUAAGAAGGGCAUUGGAGAGAAACACUUCCCCAUUACCAUUGCUGGGACUCGAAUUUGUGAUGGUGAAUGGCUCUAUGCAGACACUGAUGGCAUCCUGGUUUCUCGAACGGAGUUGUCAGUCUAAGAGCGUCUGUCUGGGGACCAUUUAUAUAGUACAGUUCCUGGGAAGUAGAGUUAUUAUGCAUAUCUGUAUACUUGUCUUUCCGGUCAGUUCCAAACUUUUGAAUCCCCCCCUCCCCCUCUUUGGUGCCCUUUGAUCUGUAAGCAUGGAGUAUUGACAUAUUAAUCAGUAUCAUGAAUAAUCCAUUUGAACUCUUCUUGAA